AUGGGCAAACGAAAGAGAACCUCCGAAGCCGACACGCCCGUAACAGCACCCUCGUCAACUAGGCGGACUAGUUCUAGAACGGCGUCUGCCGUCACUCCCGCAAAGAUAGACACCAACCCGGUCACGAACAAAAAGAUUACAGACGGACCGGAUGCCCUUCGCGCCUCUCCGGAUGCCGAGGAGCCUGAGCAUGAAAAGGUGAAGAAGGCCGCCCCAGGAAAGGGGAAGGCGAAGAAAAAGACCGGGUCGGGAGACGUCGAACAGGUCGCUGACGGGCUUCCAACGUCAAGCGCAAGUCUGGAGGAUCACGGGAAGCGGGACGACGGCCUGCAUCGAGGAGACCCUGAAGCCGAGGACGACGAGGACGCCGACCCUGAAGAACUGAAAGAAGCACUAUCUCGACCACCUCCCGUCAACAGCUCAUACUUGCCAUUACCGUGGAAAGGCCGGCUAGGGUACGCAUGCCUUAACACGUACCUGCGCGCUGCCAGCCCGCCGGUCUUUUCGUCACGGACAUGCCGCAUCGCGUCUAUCCUCGAACAUCGUCAUCCGCUGAAAAAUCCCACCCAGCCGGAACAUGCGACCAAGAACCGCCCAGACAAGGACCAGACCCCCGACAUAGCUCGCGGCCAGGCGUAUGUCGAGGCCUUGGGUCUGGCCAACGCACGCGAUAUCCCCAAGAUGCUACGCUGGAACGACCGCUACGGCAUCAAGUUCAUGCGGCUCUCGUCCGAGAUGUUUCCCUUUGCCAGCCACGACGUGUACGGGUACGGGCUCGCAUCCUUUGCGUCGGACGCACUGGCAGAGGCGGGUCGCGUGGCUGCAGAGCUGGGCCAUCGACUGACGACCCAUCCCGGACAAUUCACGCAGUUGGGCUCGCCGCGAAAGGAGGUCAUCACAGCCUCGCUCCGCGACCUGGAAUACCACUGCGAACUGCUGGACCUGCUGAAACUGCCUCCCCAACAAAACAGAGAUGCAGUCAUGAUUCUGCACAUGGGAGGAGCGUUCGGUGACAAAGCGACGACGAUCGCUCGGUUCAAGGAGAAUUACGCGAAGCUAUCACAGGGCAUCAAGGACCGGCUGGUACUUGAGAACGACGACGUGAUCUACAGCGUCCACGACCUGCUCCCCGUGUGUGAGGAGCUCAAUAUCCCCCUCGUGCUCGAUUUCCACCACCAUAAUAUUGUCUUUGACGCGGACAAGAUCCGCGAAGGAACCCACGACAUCAUGUCGCUGUACGACCGGAUCAAGGCAACCUGGACGCGCAAGAACAUCACUCAGAAGAUGCACUACUCCGAACCUACACCCUCGGCCAUUACUGCGCGGCAACGCCGUAAACACAACCCCCGACCAGCGACCCUCCCUCCCUGCGCCGCGGACAUGGACCUGAUGAUCGAAGCCAAGGACAAGGAGCAAGCCGUCUUCGAACUGAUGCGCACGUUCAAGCUACCCGGCUUCGACACCUUCAACGACAUCAUCCCGCACGUGCGCCAUGACGAGAACAAACCAUGGAAACCACCGAAGCAGAAAAAGACACCGAAGAAGAACAAUAAACGCCAGUCCAAAUCCGCGCCCGAAGACGACGACGAAGGCCAAGAUGAAGAACAAGUCGAACAAACGCCCCAACCGCCCCCUCUGAUCCCAGACUACGAAGUAAGCAUGGGAGGUCCGGACCGCCGCGUCUACUGGCCUCCAGGCAUGGAAGAGUGGCUCCGGCCCAAGAAACGCGAAGUCAAACCACGAGACCCGGAAAAGGCCAAAACAACGGCCGAACGAGCUGCGGCGCGUCGAGCCGAAAAGGCGGCCUGGCAAGCCGCGCGGGAAGCCUCCGCCGAUGCAGGCACCGAGAGAGUCACCACGGCAGGAACGGGGACAGCGUCUGAGACCGAUGCCACCUCCGCAGCCGGCACGCCCGCAAAGGAGAAACUCGACCUCGAGAAGACAAGAAGCGUGUAUGAGGUGGCGAAGACGAGUGGGAAGUCGCGCAAUCCGGCUCGCGCACCGCCCAAGAACGCGACGAACCAGGGGAAGAAGAACGCCAAAUCCAAGUCGAACGCCAAACCGGUCCUCACGCCAAGCGAUUCAGGCUCCUCCGACCUGACUGAUCUCGAGGCAGACAUGGUCAGGGACAUGGAUGUGGAUAUAGAUACAAGCCCGUCAGAGCACGGCCCCGACAUGAUGCCCGACCUGACUGACGCGGAAGAGGAGGACGUAGCGGCAAGGCAACAAGUCAAGAAAACACCCUCCCGGACGCGGACGACGAGUGCGCGAAACGCCAAGAGGAAGGCCGUCAACUAUGCCGAGGGAGAGGGAGAUGAAGGUGACGACUGA